AAGAGGACUCGGGUUCCUCCAAAUUGGGGUUGAAGGGAGCUCACAACUGUAGCAGUUCAUGAUGUAGCCUCAUCGCUGAAGAGAGAACUUCUGAUGGAGGCCGUCGGUUCUUCUCGAAUACCCAAGAGUUUCUUUCCUUCCACACACACCACAAGAAGAUGGCCAUAAGUUGUGGGUGAGUCUGGCAGUUUGGGUCAUUUUUUAGGGAAUCCAUUGUCGUUUUUCACUAUUAGUUGAAUGAACCUGAAGUUGAUACAGCUUGCAUGUCUGCUAGUGGGCUUCGAAUCCAAGCUUCCCUGACUACUCUGCAGGUUACCAAGCAAUGAAGCACUAUUUCUUCGUCUUCCAAGCAGCAAGGGCAUAGUGCAUUGGUUGAGGAGAAUCGGUUAUGCAGGAGCUGGCAGACUGGAAGCCAUUCAUGGAUGCUCUUCCAAAGAAAAAUUUUGCAAAGCUCAAUUGUUUCGUGGGUAAAACUGGGACAAUAUUCUGCAAGUUAUAUCCGGAGGAAAGCUUUCUUGGAUUAAAGCGAGGUUCCAUUACUGAUUCUCUAAAAUCAGGUCUUUCACCCAGAAUAUUGGAUGCCUCAGAUUCGGAUUUUGGGAGCUACGAUUGAUAGUUAAUGGGUAAUGAGAUGGGAGUCAGGGAUCCUCAUAGAUGCGAACCAGAGAACUCGGGCCAAUUCUCUUUUUCAACUACUGAUCGCCCUUCCAGCAGACUUUUCCGAUCCCAUGAAGUUAUUGUUGUUAUUCAAGGGUUUGGUGAUCUUUAUUAUUGGAAGGCCAUACUUGCUAGUCCAUCAUGGGUACCCUAUUCUUCUUGCAUCACUAGUUGUAGGCACAUUGAAGUACAUUCAUAGGAGUGGUCUAUGUAAUUUAUUAGGCGAGGCUUCCAAAUCGCCGGCGAAGCCGUCAGUUGUCCCUCUUCCUCUCCACUUCAGGAGUACUAAAAUGGUGACAACAUGCUAUCUAAAAGACUCAAGAAUAUUUUGAUUCAUAGAGACACUAAUCUAUGUGAUUAUGUUAGACUUUUAACUUUUGGUUGAACUUGUGAAAGAAAUAUAACUUGUAAAACUAAUCAAUAUAGAUACUAAUGCUAUUUUGUUUUAGGUUUAAUUACUCUGUUCGUCCCUAUAGUUUCGCGAAAUUUUCAAUUAG